AUUAUUAUUCUGAUGAUCACCAUCCAUAUGUUGUUUCUUUCAUUUUUAGUAAAUAUUCUCUUACAGCUGAUAACCUAACAAAGCUGGUUGAAUCAGAUGUAAAUAUGAGACUGAAUUGGAAAAGGAUAGAUUUGAGUAAGAUUAACCUGUCAUCAGUCAGUGGUAGAACAUUAGCUUGCCUUAUUAAGAUUUCCCCAGACAUAAGCCAUAUUGACAUGAGUUAUUGCAGUUUAUCAGGCAUUAUUGUUAAUGAAAUGAUGGAGGAAUGUGGUAGAAUGAAUAUAGUAUUGAAAGACAACAUGCUUGAACUAAAGGGCAAUGACCUUUCAGAUAUUGAUGGUAAAUCACUUGUAGAGUUAGUCAGAGUAAUUCAUUCUCCUUAUGAUAAGCGUUAUGGUGCUAUUGAACCUUUCAGAUGGAGUGAUUAUUCUCUUUCAGCUGAUAACCUACAAAGGCUGGUUGAAUCAGGUGUAAAUAUGAGACUGAAUAGAAAAUGGAUAGAUUUGAGUAAGAUUAACCUAUCUUCAGUCAGUGGUAGAACAUUAGCUUGCCUUAUUAAGAUUUCCCCAGACAUGAGCCAUAUUGACAUGAGUUAUUGCAGUUUAUCAGUCAGUAUUGUUAAUGAAAUGAUGGAGGAAUGUGGUAGGAUGAAUAUAGUAUUGAAAGACAACAUGCUUGAACUAAAGGGCAAUGACCUUUCAGAUAUCGAUGGUAAAUCACUUGUAGAGUUAGUCAGAGUAAUUCAUCCUCCUCAUGAGGAGCUUUAUGGUGCUACUAAACCUUUCAGAUGGAGUGAUUAUUUUCUUUCAGCUGAUAACCUACAAAGGCUGGUUGAAUCAGGUGUAAAUAUGAGACUGAAUGGAAAAUGCAUAGAUUUGAGUAAGAUUAACCUAUCUUCAGUCAGUGGUAGAACAUUAGCUUGCCUUAUUAAGAUUUCCCCAGACACGAGCCAUAUUGACAUGAGUUUUUGCAGUUUAUCAGGCAUUAUUGUUAAUGAAAUGAUGGAGGAAUGUGGUAGGAUGAAUAUAGUAUUGAAAGACAACAUGCUUGAACUAAAGGGCAAUGACCUUUCAGAUAUCGAUGGUAAAUCACUUGUAGAGUUAGUCAGAGUAAUUCAUCCUCCUUAUGAUAAGCAUUAUGGUGCUAUUGAACCUUUCAGAUGGAGGGAUUAUUCUCUUUCAGCUGAUAACCUAAAAAGACUGGUUGAAUCAGGUGUAAAUAUGAGACUGAAUGGAAAAUGGAUAGAUUUGAGUACGAUUAACCUAUCUUCAGUCAGUGGUAGAGCAUUAGCUUGCCUUAUUAAGAUUUCCCCAGACAUGAGGUAUAUUGACAUGAGUUAUUGCAGUUUAUCAGGCAGUAUUGUUAAUGAAAUGAUGGAGGAAUGUGGUAGGAUGAAUAUAGUAUUGAAAGACAACAUGCUUGGACUAAAGGGCAAUGACCUUUCAGAUAUCGAUGGUAAAUCACUUGUAGAGUUGGUCAGGGUAGUCACACCUUAUGAUGGUACUUUCACUUGGAGUGAUUAUGCUCUUUCAGCUGAUAACCUACAAAGGCUGGUUGAAUCAGGUGUAAAUAUGAGACUGAAUGGAAAAUGGAUAGAUUUGAGUAAGAUUAACCUAUCUUCAGUCAGUGGUAGAACAUUAGCUUGCCUUUUUAAGAUUUUCCCAAACCUGAGCGUUUUUGACAUGAGUUAUUGCAGUUUAUCCAGCAGUAUUGUUACUGAAAUGAUGGAGGAAUGUGGUAGGAUGAAUGUAGUAUUGAAAAACAACAUGCUUGAACUAGAGGGCAAUGACCUUUCAUGUAUUGAUGGUAAAUCACUUGCAGAGUUGGUCAGGGUAGUCACACCUUAUGGUGGUACUUUCACUUGGAGUGAUUAUGCUCUUUCAGCUGAUAACCUACAAAGGCUGGUUGAAUCAGGUGUAAAUAUGAGACUGCAUUGGAAAAGGAUAGAUUUGAGUAAGAUUAACCUAUCUUCAGUCAGUGGUAGAACAUUAGCUUUCCUUUUUAAGAUUUCUCCAGACCUGAGCCAUAUUGACAUGAGUUAUUGCAGUUUAUCAGACAUUAUUGUUAAUGAAAUGAUUGAGGAAUGUGGUAGGAUGAAUAUAGUAUUGGAAGACAACAUGCUUGGACUAAAGGGCAAUGACCUUUCAUGUAUUGAUGGUAAAUCACUUGCAGAGUUAAUCGGGGUAAUUAUUCAGCCUUAUGAUGAUGAUGAUGAUGAUGAUAAAACUUUUCAGAUGGAGUGAUUAUUCUCUUUAUUGUUAAUGAAAUAAUAGAAGAAUUUGGUAGGAUGAAUAUAGUAUUGGAAGACAACAUGCUUGAACUAAAGGGCAAUGACCUUUCAGAUAUUGAUGGUAAAUCACUUGUAGAGUUAGUCAGAGUAAUUCAUCCUCCUUAUGAUAAGCAUUAUAGUGCUAUUGAACCUUUCAGAUGGAGUGAUUAUUCUCUUUCAGCUGAUAACCUACAAAGGCUGGUUGAAUCAGGUGUAAAUAUGAGACUGCUGAAU